AUGCGCCGAGACGACUGCCGGCCCGCGACCGAGGACGACUUUGUCUACCUCGAGGACGACGACGACGAGGACCCGAUCGAAGAUGAGCUCCGCAUGUGGGCGCGCUUCCGGCGGCGGCGCUUCUUCAAGUCGGGUCUCUCGACCUACGAAGAGUACUACUCGCGCAACGAGACAGGGCGGCGCCUCGGCCGCUUCUCAUUGCACAUGCGGCUCAACGAAGAGCGCCCGACCAUCACGAUCCUGCUAGGCAAUCGGUCGUCGCGCAGCCGCCCAUCGGCCGUGCGGCCCACCACCGAGACACCGCGGCGCGGUCGCAGCAGCAGCCUCGACGCCAAUUGGCGCGUCUCCAAGUGCGGUGACGUGCACCGGUCGCUCUCCAACGUGCCACGCCAAGAGCAGACGCGGGAGCCGUCGGGCACGCAGAGUCUUCUUAGCCGGCCCACGAGCAUGCCCGACGUGACGAUGCCAAGCCCGCCGCAACUGCGGCGCCAAUGCAGCUCGCCCGAGGUCUUCUUCGACGCGCAAGAGCCGCCUCUCGAGUACCAGGAAGCCGACACCGUGCGAUCGAGCACGCCCGACGAGGAUCCUCGUCCGAGCGACUAUGGCGAGGGCGACGACGAGCCUUCGCCGCUGUACGGCGACAAGCAAGACGACGCCGGGCGGUUCCGCGCCAGCGACACCUCCUCUCGCCCGAGUGACCUCGACAAGUUUCGGCCCAGUGGCAUGCGCGAAUCCUCCUUCAGCAGCAACUACAACCCAGUUACGAUCCGCAAUAGCGUCACCAACAACGUCAACGUCGUCGCGUUCCUCGGUGGCUUCAAGGGCAGUCGGCGCUCGACGCGGUCCUCGCUCGACCAGCGGCCGUCCUUUGACUCGUACCGCAUGAAGCGCAGCAAGAAGCCGGUCGCGACCGUGCCCGACACGAGCUUUGGCAAGCGGCUGCGCGACGCUCGCAACCGCAUCCCGCCCGAGUUCCGCGACGACCUCCCGAUCGCGCCGAUCCUUGUCGCCAAGCCCAUGCGGAUCAAAAAGUCGGUCCAGUUCCGGCCCGAGAACGACGUCUUUGUCUUUGAGAAGCAAGACCCGAUCGAGGACGACGACGACGACGUGUACGUUGUCGAGCUCGAGCACGAUCUCUAG